ACGACGGCAAUGGGUUUGGUAGCGUGCGCUGUGUGAUCUGCUGCGCGCUGCGUGUAUGGAGGAAGCAGCUGCUGAUCUGAUCUCUGACAUUGUGGGAGACAGACAUCUGAAUAAACUGCGCACAGACGUGUCUUUAAACACACCGCACCAAGGCACGCCGUGCAUGAUUACCUGUUUGAUUUAAUGGGUCCAAUCAUUGGGAUGUCACCAGAUAAGAAAACGGAAAUUCCGGGUAUGCAAGAGGAACGGACAGGGCUCAGAGGUGUUUGCGGUGUGGGAACGCUGCCUGAGGCAGAGUGUGCGUCCAGUCCGCUGGCGACUAGUGUGGAUCGUACUGGAGGCACUGAGGAUGAGGAGCUCACCAACCUCAACUGGCUUCACGAGAACUUGCUUCAGAACUUCACUCUGGGGGGUCCGGAAGCUCAGCCCAGUGGCAGUCCCCUCUUUGACAUAGAGGGAGACUACAGGUCCAACCAGGGCCCGUCAUCAUCGUCAUCCUCGUCAUCUUCGUCACACGGCAGAGGCAGGGAGCGGGACUCAUUGAAGUCAAAGCCCCCUUUCUCUUUUUCUCUCCUCAUCUACAUGGCCAUCGAGCAGUCUCCCAGCAAAUCUUUGCCUGUUAAAGAAAUCUACGGCUGGAUCCUCGAGCACUUCCCUUAUUUCUCCAACGCUCCCACUGGCUGGAAGAAUUCUGUUCGUCACAACUUGUCCCUGAACAAAUGCUUCCGCAAGGUCGAAAGAAGUUUGGGAAAGGCCAGUGGAAAAGGUUCUCUCUGGUGUGUUGACCCUGAGUACCGCCCCAACCUGAUCCAAGCCCUUAAGAAGCAGCACUUCCCUGCCGCACAUGCCUUCUGCACACCACCCGCCUCCCCACCCAGUGCCUCCUCACCCCCUCGCCAUCUCUUUCUACAAGGCUGCUCAUUCAAAGAGUCUGACAUUGAUGCUGCCACUGCCAUGAUGCUCUUAAACUCUGCCCCCGGGCAACACGUUGACCCAUGCAAUUCUGACAGCCCGCUGGACCUCUCUCGACCUGACUCUGUUCUAGUGAGCAGUGAUCCAAAGCAGGACCACAACUAUAGCAGCGUAGCUCUGCAGCGCUGCUCCUCCCGUUCCUCCUCCUCGUCUCUUUCCUCUCUGGAUGAAGGAGGCUGCGAUGGAAGGCAGUCCCACCGCGACGGCAGCGAGGGCUUCCACAGCGACGAGGACUCGGACCUCUGGGAUGAGAGGGGCGUCCACCAGACUUCUCGACGUCCGCCCGCUAUCAAAUGGCCCGUUGGUAAGAGGCCACGACGCGAGGUCAAGCCAGAGCUGGAUGAGGAGCUGAAGGAAGCCGCGGGCUCCUUGCUGCACCUUGCCGGUAUACGCAGCUGCACAGAAGGUUCCAAACGCACUGUCAAAAGCACAAAACAUAGCAGGAAAUGAAGAUUUUUUUUUCUUUAUGCUCCCAUCAGACUCCGGACCCUGUGAACCCUAACCUCUGACCCCUGAUCGUGUGUCCCAGUGUGCCUCCUUCUCCUUAUCUGAUCGUUCAUUGGCCAUUUCGAGCCUUUAUUUGUUUGGGAUUAUCCCCUGUUCAACAAGAAAAAAACAACAAAAAAAACAAAACAAAUGGCAAUAGUAUCGUUCACACAGGAGAACAAAGCCAUAUAGAGACUUUUGUAACUUCGGGGGUAACUGUUGGAGGUGGGUGCUUGGGCUAAGGAGAACCAUCAAACCUAUCCAAAAUGACCUGCCUGCUUCUGUUGGAUUAGAAGAUUGUGAUUCAAGAAUUUUCCUCUGAAAGACAAAAUGGGAAAAAGCUGAAGGUUUUAUAACUCACAGCAUUGCAUGCUUCCUCCUCAAACCUGUAUCCUCUUCCAAGUGAACCUAUUUAUGAAGCGAAUGAGUGCAUGUUUGUAACAGACAAAAUCUAACCUCCUGGUGUUAUCAGUUUCUCCUUUUUGUGCUAAAGAGAAAAAAAUGUCCCUGUUUUGAAAGGAAUUCUUGCUCUACAACUCCUCUUGUAAGAGAGAUGCAAUAAUUAAUCCACAACCUUAACUUUUUGACAUUUUUUCCUGGUGGCAUUUUUCAGUCGAGUCGAGUAUGCUAGUUAAGCUUUACAAUUAAGAGAAUGAAUGGAGUAGUACCAUGAUCUUGUUAUGCUAUAAACUUUAUUACACAUGAGCUUUGGCUCUGUUUCAGGAUUAGCAAGAUAUGGAAAUAGUAUUACUCUGUCACUGCCAAAUUUAGUUGCAAAGUUAGCUAUACUACUUCUCUCAGUUUUGUGCAGCCAUUACUGUGCUAUACAAGUGAAAGCUGUUUUCUUUCUUUUUUUUUUUUGCAAAUCCGCUGCUCAUCCUGUCGAACCCUUUCAUUCAUCGGUGUGUUUUUGACAUUUACUGUCCACAGAUCAUGUUCAUGUGAUUGGUGACAGCCUAUGCACAGUGAACAUCUGCUAUUUAUUGCCAGAUGUUCACUACAUGGUCAUAGGUUAUCCUCAGUGGAUUUUAUUUUAUUUGUGUGUGUUUGUGUAUUGUAGUGCAUGUCGACUUAAGCCUGAGAUGACGGUCGUGACAGAAGAGUUUGAAAUGACUUGUCACUUUUCUCCUCCUGGCAAAGUAGUCAUACCCCUCCACUGAAUGUGAUUGGUGACUCUUCUCCUUGCUACAGCUGUAUUGUAGGGCUGCUUGGUUCUCUGCUUUCUUCUGGUCCCUUUUGAAUGCAGAGCUGGUUUAUAGUAAGAAACAGACACGGUGGAACUUUACCAUCACUUCUUGCACCAUUAUUUGGGUUUGCAGUUUGAUAAUAUCUUCACGUGUUCUCCAUGUGUUUUGAACCCUGUCCUUUUGAAAAAUUCUGAAAAUUAUAGAGCUAAUUCUCUGUUGGCUCUUUUGGUUCAAACAAGCAAAAGAUGGAGAGCACAGAACCUAUUCGAGUGUUAAGAACUAGUGUUGAGUCCUUGCUCUUCCUCCGAGAACAAAAUAAGGAAGUGCACGCUCUCUUCUCACACUGUGAAAUGGAGUGUUUAUUGUCAGUUGAUUGCGUGCAGUUUGCUGACGGGAAGUUGUGAAGCACUUGUGUAAAAGGCCACAGUUCUUGUUUGAGCUUUUAAAAAGGCUACAUGUAGCCGCAGCAUACAAUACAAAGUAGCGUGGAAGCGCAAAAGGGUGACAAAAUUGUACUUUUUAUUUUGCACAGUACUGGGUCAGUUUGUGUCACAGCCACUGUUAGUAUAGCAUGCAUGGACAGUGCCAAAAUUUUCUGGUGCCACUGAAGUACAACUGCAAAGGGCCAUGGUCAUCCCCCUGCUGCCACAGAGUAAUUGUGAUUUAGAGCCACAAUACCCUACCUUUCCAAAUCAUCCCGACAGGAAAUGGGAGAGGACUCAGUACAGUGACUUAAUCAGUCUUUCGGUUUAUUUUUGUUGCUUUAGAGUGGGAACUGUUCUGAGCAGAGUAAGCUGAAGUAAUACUUGCAUACACUGGUCUUGUUUAGCUGUGAAAAAAGAACAAAUUAUUGUUCAUUAAUCAUCACCUUAUUUAUAACAUUAAUUUAUGGGAUUAUUGAAUGCUAUCAGACACUGGUCAUUUGAAAUGAAUGACUGGGCACAUUUAUUUUUCUCCCUCUGUGAACUACUCUUGAUUAAAUAUUUUGUUUUUCUCCUUGUUUUAUUUUACAGCAAUACACCGUUUUUCUUUCACUAUGUUAUAGUGAUUAAGUAUUUUGCCAAUGUCUGUUGUCUUUAGAACGGGUGUUUUUUUGUUUUUGUUUUUUUACAAUUUAACUAUGACUGCCAGGUUUUCUUCAUGUUUUGUUUUGCUUUGUGUUAGACUGGCUAGAAGACAGUUAAUUAACAUUGAUCCUGAGAGCUUUUGUUGCCAAAAUUGAUGUACAGCUGGGGUGUAAACUGUAAGAUGGACACAAUCCCCAUGUACUGUAGAAGAUCUUUGAAAAUGAUUGAAUCUUUUUACAUUUGUCUCAUGUUUAUGUUUAGAUAUUUUGACUAUGUAGUCACAAAUUGAAGAUUAGCUCUCAAUUUCAUCGCAGAUUAGAAUCUUUUUUAAAAAAUACUGCCACUCAUAACUCAAUGCUUCCAGGUAUUGUUAAGGGAAGUUGAAGGGUUUUGAAUAUCUCUGAAAAAAACAGAUCAGACUAACUCAGUCCCCCAGGCUGCUGCUGUGUAGUUUCAGACCUGUGUACAUUUAAAUGUAGACAAAUUAAGGAGAGACUUGUUGAGGAUAACCUCACUCAUUAUUUCUGUAGCACUUGCAAAAAACAUUAUGUUGGUCUCAAAGUGCCACUGAGUCAAUGAGUUGAUCUGUGGAUGAACUACCUAGACAUUUUGGGGUCUGACUUAACCUAACUCAAAACCCAGUUGCUUCAUUGUUUAACAGCUGGUAUUGAAUAUUGAUUAUGCGAUUUUCAAAAUUCUGUUGCAGUUCCUGUGGGGAUGAUGAACAUUGUGUUGCAUUUGACAAAGCUGCCAACCCAGUAUAAGUUUGUGUCAGUUGUCUGCCAUGUCUAUUGGACCGACACCUUUUGGUUUUUGUAUGCUAACCUCUGUUGAUAAAAUGUUUAUAAGAUUUAUUUUCGCCAAAGAUAUGCAAUUGCAUUAUAUAUGGUAUUACAAAAUAUUAAUAAAACCUGUUCUUGUUA